GCCUGACGACUGACUACUCAAUAGCUUUGCCUUGGACCCAAACAAUAGGCCCUUCCGUCAUCACAACACGAUCCAGUGCUCACUCGUGUACAUGUAUACUGACGCCGAAAUUCCGCUGCGACUGACUUAGUUGAGAGCACAGCCAGCCAUGUGUAGCUGUGUGCAGAGCUACAGGGCUCUGUCCCCUGCCCUGCUCCCCAGGCUGCUUCUGCCUCACACCGGUUACACAUUGGCCGGCAAGGGCCUGUCGACCUCCACGAACUGCAUGCAGGCGGGGAGCGGGGACUCCUCUCAGCCGCUGCCACUACCCAGCCAGGCCCGAGUGGUCAUCUGUGGAGGGGGCAUCGUGGGGACUUCGGUGGCGUAUCACCUGGCUAAGCUGGGAUGGACUGAUAUCGUUCUCCUGGAGCAGGGCAGACUAGGAGCAGGAACCACCAAACUUUGCGCUGGUAUUGUCAGUGUAGCAAAACCCAUCUCCAUUGAAUGCAAAAUGGCCGACUACUCCAAUGCUCUGUACAAGCAGCUUGAGGAGGAGACUGGCGUCAAAACGGGCUACGUGAAGACAGGUUCUCUGUGUCUGGCUCAGAAUCAGGACCGCUUCAUAUCACUGAAGCGCCUCGCGUCAAGACUCAAGGUGAUGGGAAUCAGCUGUAACAUUGUGAAACCCAAAGACGUGACCAAACUCCACCCCUUGGUGAACAUUCACGACCUAGUGGGGGCGCUCCACCUGCCUGCCGACGCUGUGGUGUCGCCGCCAGAUGUCAAUCAUGCCCUGGCCGUGGCGGCAGCCGGACAAGGGGUUCAAAUCCUGGAAAGAACCGCCGUUCAGCAGGUCCUGGUGGAGAAGGGCCACGUGAUGGCGGUGGAGACGGACCGCGGCUCCAUCGAGUGUGAAUAUUUCGUCAACUGUGCUGGACAGUGGGCGUACGAGCUGGGCCAGGCGAGCGAAACCAAAGUCUCUGUCCCUCUGCACGGCUGCGAGCACUUCUACCUCCUCACCAAACCUCUCCAGGAGGACCUCCCGGCCGACACGCCAGUGGUGCUCGACAUGGACGGCAGGAUAUACGCUCGGCCGUGGCAGGGAGGCUUGCUUUCGGGGGGCUUUGAGAAAAAUCCCAAGCCCAUCUUCACGGAGGGACGCAACCAGCUGGAGAUUCAGAACAUGCAGGAGGACUGGGACCACUUUGAGCCGAUGCUCAGCGCGCUGCUGAGGAGAAUGCCUGGUCUGGAGUCGGCUGAGAUCCAGCAGCUGGUCAACUGCCCCGAGUCCUUCACCCCUGACAUGCGCUGUCUGAUGGGCGAGACGCCGGGCCUUUCGGGCUACUACGUGCUGGCCGGCAUGAACUCCUCGGGUCUGGCGUUCGCCGGAGGAGCUGGCAAAUAUCUGGCUGAGUGGAUGACCUACGGUUACCCCACUGCCAACGUGUGGCCGCUCGACAUCAAACGCUUCGGCAACCUGCAGAGCAGCCGGACCUUCCUGCGACACCGCGUUAUGGAGGUCAUGCCGCUGUUGUACGAACUAAAGGUUCCUCGCUGGGACUUCCAGACAGGUCGGCAACUUAGGACAAGUCCAUUGUAUGACCGACUGGACACGCAGGGAGCUCGCUGGAUGGAGAAACACGGCUUUGAGAGACCCAAAUACUUUGUUCCACCGGGCAAAGAUCUUCUCUCUCUGGACCAGAGCAAGACCUUCUACAAGCCCGACUGGUUUGACAUCGUCGGGGGGGAGGUGAAGUGCUGCAAGGAGGCUGUCUGUGUCAUUGACAUGUCGUCCUUCACCAAAUUUGAACUCACGUCCUCGGGUGAUGAGGCCCUGGACCUGCUGCAACACCUGUGUGCCAAUGACUUGGACGUUCCAGUGGGACACAUCGUCCACACGGGCAUGCUGAACCAACGAGGAGGUUACGAGAAUGACUGCAGCGUAGUGCGCCUCAGCAAGAACAGUUUCUUCAUCAUCUCGCCAACAGACCAGCAAGUUCACUGCUGGUCGUGGAUCAAGAAACAUAUGCCCAAUGACCCGCACCUUCACCUCGAAGACGUCAGCUGGAAGUACACAGCUUUAAAUCUGAUUGGACCUCGUGCCACAGAUGUUCUGGCAGAGCUCUCGUAUGUUUCCAUGACUCCUGAUCACUUUCCCUCCAUGUUCUGUAAGGAGAUGAGCGUGGGCUACGCUAACGGCAUCCGAGUGAUGAGUAUGACCCACACGGGUGAGCCGGGUUUCAUGCUGUACAUCCCUAUCGAGUACGCGCUUCACGUGUACAACGAGGUGAUGUCGGUGGGUCAGAAGUACGGGAUCCGCAACGCCGGCUAUUACGCACUGCGCAGCCUGCGCAUCGAGAAGUUCUUCGCCUUCUGGGGACAAGACCUGGACACCUUCACCACGCCGCUGGAGUGCGGACGGGAGUUCCGCGUCAAGUUCGAUAAGGACACAGACUUUGUGGGUCGCUCGGCUCUGCUGCAGCAGCGUCAAGACGGCGUGUUUCGCCGCUUCGUCAUGUUGGUCCUGGACGACCAUGACACCGAGCUGGACCUGUGGCCCUGGUGGGGCGAGCCCAUCUACUGCAAUGGGAACCUGGCGGGGGCCACCACCAGCAGCGCCUACAGCUACACUUUGGAGAGACACGUGUGCCUCGGGUUUGUGUCCCCGCCCCCCGGACCCGACGGCCUGCCCGCCACCGUCACCCCAGACUUCAUCAAUCGAGGAGACUACGAGGUGGACGUGGCCGGGCAGAGAUACCCGGCCAAGGCCAAGCUUUACCCCUUCAGCUCCCUCUUUAGUCAGCAGCACCGGAGACGCAAAGACGACCUGGAACUGAGCAACCUCCAGGGCGAGUGAUGGCGACACAUCGCUGCUCAUGCUUACUGAAGUGCAAUAUUUGGCAAAAAAAAAAAAAAAGUCAGCCAUUUACUUCAUUGGUCUGGAGUCAAAGUGCCUUGAUGGAGGCCAAAUCAGCUCUCUAACGCGCUGGUCCACCACAGUCAAAGAAGACAUGCUGGUCCUCCAUCGAAGACAUGUGAGUUGUCCACAGUCAAAAAAUUCUCUGCUGUCGCUUCCUAUUGCCAUCUCGUUUGCACUAUCGAACCAGGUUAUUCAUUUUCAUACAUACACGUUAUGAGAAAGUGUUUUUUAAAAUUGGACAAAAAUGUUUGAAUGUCGCAAGAAUAGUGUGGCAACUUCAUCUUUCGAGUGCAGUCAUACAAUGAAAAGUUGUAAUGUGAAUGGGGGGGAAGUCAUCAUAUUAAGUUGAAACGUUAAUUCUUUGAGGAAUGAAAGUUGUAAUUUAUAACUUUUUUUUUUAAUUGCAAUGUUAUGUAUGAUACAGCAUUUGCAUUUGAUGGAAAAAAGAAUAUCACAAGGACAAGUUGCAAUGUUAUUUUGUUAAGGGGAAAAAAGUUGUCCUGACAAAAAUAAAAAUUGUAAUUUGCUACAAGAGAAACUUGUAAUUUUAGAUGAAAAAGUUUUAUGUUUAGAGAAAAACGAAUGUUUACAACAUUCAUAAUGUUAAAAAUUUGUGUUUCUUUGAAAAAAAAAAGUCUGAACAGAUGCAGAAUAAAGUUAAGGGAAAAAGUUCUCAUGA